AUGGCACUGUUUCAUCUUUCCCUCAUCCUGGUAUUUUCAUGCUGGAGUUGCGGUUUUUCCGGUACCGAUGCUGCGGUUUUCACAUUGCAGAAUAGAUGUGAGAGGACUAUAUGGCCAGGGAUCCUAUCAGGUGCUGGAAGACCUCAACUAGUCAAUGGUGGGCUUGAGUUAAAACAAAAUGAGAAAAUAAACAUCAAUGCACCUAAAGGGUGGUCAGGCCGGUUUUGGGCUCGUAGCGAGUGCUCCUUUGAUCGAUCUGGCAAAGGUCGCUGCAUCACCGGCGACUGUGGAGGUGUUGUACAAUGUGCAGGGGCAGGUGGUGCACCGCCUGCAUCGCUUGCUGAGUUCACCCUAGAUAGCCCCCUUGACUUCUAUGAUGUUAGCCUUGUUGAUGGAUUCAACAUUCCCAUUUCAAUAGUACCAUCCGGUGGAUCUGGCAAUUGUACCGAGCGUGUAAGAGUGCAUGCAUGGCUUUCAACAAACCGGAAUACUGCUGCACUGGGGAUUAUAAUGACCCCAAGAAAUGCAAGCCUACAAGGUAUUCUGAGGUGUUCAAAGCUGCUUGCCCAACAGCUUAUAGCUACGCCUAUGAUGACGCCACAAGCACUUUCACUUGUGAUGGAGCUAAUUACUUGA